UAGCCGAAGCCCGAGUAUACUCGAGUGUACUUCUAAACGGUCCGCGCGCACAGGAAUGCAGUUCUCCCCACCCGAAAUAGUUGUAGUCGGCUAUGCUAAGCCUCCGAGUGCGCGCACAAGGCGCAACACAGUAGCUAAAAUGCGGUAUUGAACCUGUUGGAUGAGAAUUUUUUUAUUUCUAUUAUGUUUCAUAUGCUCAUGUUUACUUUUAAGUAUUAUUUCCGUUGUGAUUUCAAUUCGCGCUCGUUGCCGUGUGUAUUAUUUUGUGUUAAUUAAUCGUAAAAUCGCCAUAGUUCGGUGGUUGGAAAUAUCGAAAUCAGUGCAGUUUACGUGCCGCAAUAAUAUACCCGAAGUGCUCGAUAUAUUUUCGUUCGCGUUGGGUGUUUUUUUUUGCUGUGAUUGUUUUACAAAAGUUGAGUGUUUUUACGCGUGUGGUUUUCAAUCAAGACUGUGAUAAAUCUGCCGGAGAGUUCAGCGAUCUUCGGAAGAUUUUCAAGACGACCAAUUUUCAAACGGAUCCAAGAUGUAAAUGAUAAGACGUCAGAAGAACAAUAAGGCGACAAUGCAGCAUGCGACAUAGCACUGUUAGUGCCCCUAUCGAAUCUUGCAAUGUAUCUAGUUUGAGUACCCCUGCGUUACGUUUUUGUGCUGUGCAUCUGUUGCACGGUCAAGUUUUGUAUUUCGUUGUCGAGCCAAAAUCCAAAACAAAAGAGUUGUAUAACCAAGCAUGCGCGCAUCUUGCUUCUCAGGGAAUGCUUGAUACCGAUCUGUUCGGCUUAGCAGUGAUAUCAGAUGGCGAGUACUUAUUCGUUGACCCAGACUAUAAGCUCUCAAAAUACGCACCAAAAAGCUGGCGAUCGUCUUCAACUCAUGGAUUGGAUAACUCGGGAAAACCCUUAUUGGCGUUCUACUUCAGGGUACAAUUCUAUGUCGAUAAUCCAUUACUGCUUCGCGAUGAAACCUCGAGACACCAUUACUACCUGCAGUUGCGCCAUAACGUGGUGUAUCGAAGCCUCGUCUACACGUAUGUGGCCGAAGAGAUCAUCUACUUGUUGGUUGGAUUGGCGUUGCAAGCGGAAUUCGGAGAUUACCUCGAAUCACAACAUACAGAAAAUUAUUUCUCGUUACAAGAAUAUUUUCCACAACAGAUGGUCGCACAUGGAAAUGAAACAAAACUAUACCAAAACGCUGCAGUUGUACACAAAGCAAACCGCACAUUAUCGAAAGCGCAGGCCGAAACUCAGUUCAUACGCGAAGCUAGUUCAAGGGAUUCAUUCCCUUUGGCUCACAAUUCUCAUUUAUACAGAUUAAAACAGAAAAAACACGAUCCUAAUCCCGGUACCUUAUGGCUGGCUAUUUGUACUCGAGGUAUCGAAUUAUACGAGGAAAGAUCGAAUAAACCAAUCAGUGGCACAUUUUGUUGGAAUAAUAUAGGAAAAUUAUGUUUCGAUAGAAAAAAAUUUGAAAUCAGAUCGCUUAAUCCGGCUGGCGAAAGAUACGUUUAUUAUACGAAUUCGGACGAAAAAAGCAAACAUUUGUUGACAUUAUGUCGAUUAACUCACCAAUUUUGUAUGUCUAUUCAAUUAAGAUUGAAUGAAAUUACUCGUAAGGAAGAAGAAGAAAAAAAUCAAUACCGUGAUUGGGGAUCGGAGCUGAGCGUGAAACUGACUGAAAUGUGCUAUAAUCAUAACGCCGAUCAAAGAAUAUCCGUCAUAUCUACAACAUCUUCGAAUACCACCUCGGGUAUUGUUUCGGAUCGAGUUCAUAGCUUGGAUGAAAGCGAAGAUGAUCUAGAUAUGGAAAUUAUGAUUAAUUCGCCUCCGGCAGCAUCUAUCGAAAGUUUAGCCUUAGCUCAUUUAAGAGAUAGCUUUAAUACGGAGAAUAGAAAAAUCAAUAAAAUUGUGGCGAGAUCGUCUCCUGCUUAUCAUAAUUCUGUUGGUGCUCAAGAUGAAAAUUCAGACUUAUGUUGUUUAAGUAAAUUGACAUUACCUACCACACCUGCCCCUACCGACGAUAGUCAAUGCUCAAGCUCAUGUUCUACCAUUGUAGUCACCGGAUAUGGACAUGAUAAAGCUAAGACGCAGCAGCAAGAAACGACCGGUUUAUCGUCAAACCGCAGACACAGUACAAGCUCGAGUCUAGAAUUAGGAUACAGUCAUACGGCGCAAAAUUCAGCGUUAUCGGAUUCGGCCAGUUGUUGUUUGGAAUUAGAUUAUUCGGUACAGUCGGCUCACACUAGCAGUGGUAUUUAUACACUGCAAAGUAGUUGUGAGACGAACACCGUAGCGACAACCGCCGCCGCAGCCUCUUCGGAGACCAGCGGUAUCGGUCAUUCAGUUGUCGAAGAUUCGGAAGGCAUUCGCUCUAGAAGCGGUUCGAUUGUAAGCGCUUCUGGUAGUUUUCACGGCGACGGUAGCGAUCCGUCGGAUACCGGACACGGUACACCUCUGACCGCCGAAGAAUUAUCAGACUUGAUUGUUGGCCGAAGUCCGAAACCAUGCCGAGGCAAAUACCCGUCUGUAGCAACGGUCAGCGAAUCUCUAGACUCGAUAGCUGACUACGUGACAUUACCACCGCCCCCUAUACCUCCACCUCGCCGCACACCGCUCAUGGAAUCCAUGUCUAGGCAUAAUUUAGGGGGAGCGUUCUCGUCGAAAAGCUCCGAUACCACUUCCAGUUACGUAGCCAGACAAGGCUCGAUUUCAACAGCAUCGCAUAGCGAAUCGAAUAAAAACUACUUUAGCAGCGAAGAAGCCAUGCUACAGAGGCAAAUCCAAUUCCAGCACUUGACCGGAGGCUUUUCAUCGCAUUUGCUCAUGGAUACGAUAGCUCCGGCGAACCAGAUCCAAAUGCAGAUGCAGAUGCAGCCAACAUCCGCUAAAAUGCUCAUGUGCGCGAGUAACGACGAUAUCGCCGCUUCGAACAUCGAUUCGGGUUACUCUUCUUGUUACCCUGUCGCUUCUACUGCCUCGGCUAGCUCAGUCGCGAGCGCUGUUUCUGCUCCUUUGUUAAAAUCGAAGUUCCAGCAAAACCACAAGUCUUGCAUUUCGCUGCCUUUACGAUCGGAAGAAGCUAGCGCUCGUAUCGUGUCGACUAAACCUCAAAUCAACGUUUUGAAAGCUCAAAGCAGUUACGUACCGUCCGGAUCUCUGAUCCCUAGCUACGCAUCUCCGGCUGCCAUAAAUUACAACGUACCAACGUCCGCCUGUCGAUCAACGUCUUUACAACAACAGCAACACCAACACCACCAACAUCAGCAUCAACAGUUGCAACAACCGCCUCAAAUUCAACCCAACUACCAUCAAAAGUACACUACCGACGUAUCCACCAGAUUAGACUACGCAGCAGCUGCAGCUGCGGCUGCGGCCGCCAACCAAGUACCAAUCGUCGGCAGUAACAAUUACCUGGACGUGAGACGCAGCGGUGUAGCGUUUCUGCAACAAAUUCACGAAAAAUUUCCUCCUCCUCCGCCACUUCUAUACAGCAGACAGCCUCCUCCGCCACCACCGCCUCCUAGAAACCAUUACUCGAUGUGUAAUAAUAAUUUGCUAUCUCAUCAGAUCGACCAAUACAAACAACAACUGUAUUCGGACGUCGAUUACGUCAUAUACCCGAUGAAAGAUCCGGCCAUAAGUAAACAAGAGUACCUAGAUUCCAAAGAAGCCUCGUUCCACUGUAAUCAGCACUACUUGUCGCAGAGUUCGCUCAGUUCACGAUACGCUAGACCAUUCCCGUCCACUUACAACGUAUUCGCGCCUCCGGCAGCUGCACCUACGCCUUAUUCUUUAUACGGUGGUCGAAAAAGCCAAGCUAUGUAUCGAAGUACACCCAACGUAGCUGUGGCCGGAGGAGGAUGUAUAUCGUCGUAUUGUCAACACGCAGCUAAUGCCAGAUACGCCUCGAAUCAAAACUUAUCCGCCGAAUUAUCCGGAUACUCGAAUUCUUCGUUGGCGUAUUUAUCGGCCAAACACGCGUCCUCUACUUCGCCCCUGUAUUCGGCCGCAGCUUCGAUGUAUUCAUCUUCUAUGCAGAGUCUAAGGCUGGAUUCUUCGAUUUAUGGACGUAUUCUGCCGUCGUCGUCGAAUUGCAGUUUUUCUAGGACUCGUUCCGAUGAUAAUAUUUUGAAUUGCGGCGAUCGUAUCAAUGUUGAUCAUCAUCUGGAUGUUAAGUUCAGGAAACCGCCGCCACCUCCACCGCCUCCGUAUAAUUCUCAGAAACAUUACAUUUGCUCAGAACGCGUCCGAAAGCCAGAUAUUCCACCGCCAGAACUAACCAACAGUCGUGUUAAUCAAACUGAAGUGAACUCUCCUCCGAAAGACAAGAACAUCUCACUAGACAUUUGUUCGUUACGAGAAAAAAGCAAAGACCUAGAUUUACCUUUAAUAUCAGCCUUAUGCAACGAUAAAUCACUACUGAAACAAACCAACACCAUCGAUUUGGCUUCCGAACAACCCAACGCGUGGUACAACGAUACCGACGAAAAUAUCCCUAAAGACGAAUCACUCGUUGCAAAAGCGAGCAAUAAUAAACAAUCGCUGUAUUCGGUCGAUUCGAAUAGUUCGCAAUCUAACGAUAGAACUUCUUCUACCAGUAAGUCUACUACAAGUAGCAAGAACAAUAAUAAUAAUAAUAAAUCGUCGCCGUUCAGAAGUAUAAGUAAAAGUAUUGUCACCACGAUGGGUACGCCGGCAACAUCAGCUACUAGAAACGCGAUCGCUCCUAAAAUAUUCGACAGAUCGAAAUUUCUAAGCUGCGAUAUCCCGAAGGUAAUCGAAUCACAGGCCAGUUACACGGAACCAGCUCACUCUCAGUCAACCGCUAAAGUGAAAUCUUCGUCGAAAUUAAUCAACAGUAAACUUUCAAAAGCCAGCACAUCGGCUAAUAAAUUAAAAUACCCGGUUAGCCAGCCGAUUAAUAAGGUUACGAAAAUCAAAAGCGCCAGUAUUAGCGAAAAUAAUCUGAAAUUGAAAUUCAAAUCGUUGAAAAUCAAAUCCGAAGACGCGACUCAACGUAAUGGUUCCGGUGAUCUUGAUAAGGCAUCGUGAUCCUCAAAGUGCUAGAUCAAAAUAGGCUACCUGUAGGUUUUACGUAUUGUAAUGUAUCUUAAAUUCGUUUACAAUUGUUAUAAAUUGUAAAAUUUAAUUCAUGUCAAAUUUUCAGUACGUUUUUU